AUGACCGAAUCAGCUGACAGUCGGGCUAAAACGCUGAACUUUAAUAUCGGGGUGCUCGGACAUGUGGACAGUGGGAAGACCUCUCUGGCCAGAGCACUGAGCAGCACAGCCUCCACUGCCGCCUUCGAUAAGAACCCACAGUCCCGUGAAAGAGGCAUCACGCUGGACCUGGGCUUUUCCUCCUUCACGGUGGGCUGCCCUGACCACCUGCUGGACACCACGGGACAGCUGCCCUAUGACAGCCUGCAGUUCACCCUGGUGGACUGUCCGGGUCACGCCUCUCUGAUUCGGACCAUCAUAGGAGGUGCUCAGAUCAUUGACCUAAUGAUGCUGGUAGUGGAUGUGGUGAAAGGAGUUCAGACCCAGACUGCAGAGUGUCUGCUCAUAGGAGAGCUGACCUGCCCCCGCAUGGUUGUUGUCCUGAACAAGGUCGAUCUUUUGCCACCUAACAAGAGGCAAAGUGCAAUUGAGAAAAUGACCAAGAGGUUGCACAAAACACUGGAAAGCACCAGGUUUAAGGAAUGUCCAGUGAUUGCUGUGGCAGCGAAGCCUGGAGGCCCAGAGGCCCCUGAAACAGAGGAGCCACAGGGAGUACCAGAGUUAAUUGAGCUUUUAAAGAAACAGACAUACCUCCCCAAGAGAGACCCUAAAGGUGACCUUCUUAUGGCUGUGGAUCACUGCUUCUCGAUCCGUGGUCAGGGAACGGUCAUGACCGGGACCAUCUUACAGGGGUCACUGGCCAUUAACGACACGGUGGAAAUCCCAGUGCUAAAGGUGACCAAGAAAAUAAAGUCGGUGCAGAUGUUUCGGAAGCCGGUGUCGGGGGCCAUGCAGGGUGACCGUGUAGGCAUAUGUGUGACACAGUUUGACCCUAAGCUGCUGGAGCGCGGUUUGGUGUGCACCCCGGGAUCCUUGCGUACCCUCUUUGCAGCCAUCAUCUCUGUGAGGAAGAUCGGAUACUUUAAGGGCUCUCUGGCCACCCGAGCCAAGUUCCACAUCACAGUGGGUCAUGAGACGGUCAUGGCUAAGGUGACCUUCUUUGGCCUGCCGCCCGCUGAGCACAAACCUGCGCCCUCAGAGCCUUCCUCAUUGGAAACACCUUUCAUCUUCGAGAGGGAGUAUUUCUACCAAGACGAGUAUGUUGCCGGGCAAAGAGAAGAAGCUUCUGGGCCGGACCCAGAACAGUGGGCUUUAUUGGAGUUUGAGCGUCCUGUUACAUGUCCCACGCUCUGUCUGGUGAUCGGCUCCAAGCUGGACACAGAUAUCCAUGCCAACGCGUGUCGUUUGGCCUUCCAAGGCCGCUUGCUGCACGGGUUCGAAGACAAAAGCUAUGCUGAAACUGCUCUACCUCGACUGCGCAUCUAUAAGACCAAACACAAAGAGGGACAGGUGGAGCGGGUGACGGACGAUUACUCCCUGAUCGGCCGAAGUCUGUUCAAAAAGGAGACAAACCUCCAGCUCUUUGUGGGGUUGAAGGUCACUCUGUCGACAGGUGAGAGCGGAGUUAUCGAGGGCGGGUUUGGACAAAGCGGGAAGUUCAAGAUCCGUGUUCAAGAGGGUCUUCGCCCAGAGACCAAGCAGCUGUUGUCUUCUACCUCCAAGAAGAAAGGGAAGGGUUGCAGCAAGGGCGGGCAGGCAAGCGAAGAGGAGCCCAAAUCAGAUUCCCAGCCUGUUAGCAUUCACCUGCAUUUCAAGAGAUAUGUGUUUGAUCCCCAGAAAAAGAUGAUUCAGUCUUGACUCCCUGCAUAAUCGUAAGAGGGGGGAAAAGAGCUGCUUUAGAGGUCUUUAAGUUGAAGUGAAUAACAGCCCCUGGAGUCAGGGCGGCGUUAAUUUGAUUGGUCUUUUUUUCUUGAGGAUGGAGACAGUCUGCAGACAUGAGAUGGUUGUGGAAUGUUUAAUGCAUGUGAAACAGUGAUUGUUUUAUCUAAGGAGCUCGAGCUAAUCCUCUUUGCCCCACUAGAGGGAAAAGCUACUCUUCUCCUUUCAGUACAUGUUUCAUGUAAUGAUCUGAAACUGCCAAUGUUUGCUGAUUUUUUUUUCUUCUUCUGCAU